AUGAAAUGUGAGCACCUACAAAAAACGGGAAGUUUUAAAGCUCGAGGUGCUUUAAACGCUUGGUAUGCAAAUGUCUAUUUCCUUCUCAUCCAUUUUACUAAUGUGUUUGAGUACUUCCUGGUUCAGGUUACCCACUCUUCCGGCAAUCAUGGACAAGGUCUAGCAUGGGCUGCUGCUCAGGCAGAACUUCCAUGUAGGGUAGCUGUUCCGAAAAAUGCUCCUCCAUCAAAAAUGAAUGCAAUGAAAGAAUAUGGAGCGGUGUUAGAGCUGUGUGAGGCAACAGUGAAAAGCAGGUCCGGAGGGGAUGUUAACUUGCAAACUUAUCGUCACUGUUUUGCUUUUCUUUUAGUUUUUUGA